AUGUUUAAGCAUUUCCAAAGGGUAAGACAUUUUUCAAGGAGUCGGUUACUUUGUAAACCUCCGAUAGACUCUAAUGGGCUUUAUUAUGGUAAGUUCACUAAAGAAGAGUACGACCAAGCUGCUAAAUACGUAAAGGAUCAAUAUGAUAAUCUUGCUAAUCUGAUUAAAGGUACUACUCAUAUAAGAGAAAAUUUAGACAAAAUGCCGGCAUUUCCAAGUAUUGAUAGAACUAAAGGUGGUAUUAAGGUUGAAAAUUUAUCUCAAUUCUUCGAACAAACCAUUAAAACAACCGGUCCAAUCACUUUACUGGCUUACAUGAGACAAUGUUUAACUCAUCCCGAUUUUGGUUAUUAUACUACGAGAAACCCGUUAGAUUUCAAGACUGGGGAUUUCAUUACCAGUCCUGAAAUAAGUUCAAUGUUUGGUGAAAUGUUGGGUAUCUGGCUUUAUUCAACUUGGUUGAAUCAAGAUAAACCUUCAUCUAUAAAUAUUAUUGAAUUUGGUCCCGGUAAAGGUACUUUGAUGCAUGAUGUAAUUCAAAUUUUUAAUAAAUUUGUUAUGAAUAAAGUGAAAAUUAAUAUUAUAAUGAUUGAAUCUUCUUCAGUAUUGAGAUAUGAACAAUAUAAACUAUUAUGUACUCAACACCCUUUCAAUUCAACAGAACAUGGGUUUAAUAAAUCAAUUACUAAAUGGAAUAAUGAAAUUUGGUGGUGUAACACUGAAAAAGAUAUUGACUUAAUUAAUGAAUCAAUUGAAGUCCCUAAUUAUAUUCUAGCCCAUGAAUUUUUCGAUGCAUUACCAAUUAAAUCAUUUAUCAAACAAAAAAAUGGUUGGAGAGAAUUAUUAGUAGAACAUUCUCCUUCAGUAAAUAAUACUCAAGGUAAAUUACCUUCAAAUGAAGAAACUUCUAAUAAUGAUUUAUUAAAUGCUGAUUUUCAUUUAACUCUUGCUCCAAAUGAAACUCCUUCUUCCAUGAUUCCAAAAUUAAAUCCUCGUUAUGAAAAUUUACCAGUUGGUUCAAGAGUUGAAAUAUGUCCAGAUUCAGAAUUUUACUUGAUGAAAAUGAUUCAGUUAUUAAAUAAUAAUAAAGGUGCAGUUCUAAUCAUCGAUUAUGGUUUAUCAAAUCAAAUUCCCGAAAACAGUUUAAGAGGUAUUUACAAACAUAAAUUUGUUUCUCCCUUCAUCAAACCUGGUGAAGUCGAUUUAUCAAUCGAUGUCGAUUUUCAAAACUUAAAAAAUAUCGCUAAAAAUUAUACCAACGUUUACGGUCCAGUCGACCAAGGUGAUUACUUACAUGAAUGUGGUAUCGGCCAUAGAGCUCAACAAUUAUUAGAUAAAAAUUCAGAUAAUUAUUCUGAACAAGAGAAAAUUUUCAACUCUUAUAAAAGAUUAACCGAUAAAGACGAUAAAAGUAUGGGUAAAAUUUAUAAAUUCUUGUGUUUAUUACCAAAAGACUCGAAACCUCCCGUGGGGUUCGGUGGAUCCGUUUAA